AUGGAAGACGAAGUCCGAGCAGCACCAUGGAACACGACUCGUGCCUACCUUGCGGCUCAGCGGGGUGGCUGUUUUCUCGAGUUGCACGGACCGGCUGAUCCUACCGGCUGUGGUGAAGCCUUCUCCUAUUCAAAAACCUCUGCAAAACCGGGUGCUCUGUUCCGGCAGACAGGUGGAGAAGUGGCCCGUGGUUUGUUAAAAGACAAGCGCACUGUUACUGGCACUGAUGCUGACUUACGAAAGCUCCAUCUUCGGGACGCCCGUGCUCUUCUGCGUUCCUUCGGAAUUAGUGAGGCCGAUUUGAAGACUUUUAAGCGGUGGGAAAUUAUCGACAUGGUGCGUUUCACUUCCACCGAACGAGCCAAACAGGGCGAAGAGGAGAUUACAGCCAAAUUUGCCCGUGGAAACCGGUUAUCGAUGGCUGAGCAGAUUCGUUGCUACCGCGAGGAGUGUCAGCGUAUCUUUGACCUUCAAAAUCGCGUCCUCUCAAAUACCGAGUUGCUGAGUUCUGACGAGGGUGAAGAGGAACCAAGCAGCGAUGAGGAGGAUGAGGAAGAGACGACGAACGCUUUUGGAAGUGGCAAAGGUGCUGGUGCGACAGCAGCCGGUUCGGGAGCCACUUCGAGCAGCAACGCAAUUGGUGGUGUCCGUCUCUCCAGCCUGCCUUCAUCCAAUCGGAACCGAUACGACUCAGCCAGCCGCAAUAUUGAGUCUAUGUUGGCCAAUCGGAUUACGGCGGAGGAGUUAAAGCAUCGCCAGGAGGAGGCUGAGUGGGAGGACCUGAAGCGAAGUGUUGAACUUGGCAGGACUUUAAAGCGUAAUCGUAAGCCAACCGACCCUGUCAAGCCAGACGGAUCAACACCAGCGGCAGCUUUUCCCGCGACAUCGACUCCAUCUGCUGCUGCCCUCACAUCCACUGUUUACGAAGCGAAUUCCACAUCAGCAGGCGAAAUCCUCGACCUACCACCACUGUUCCCCGGGGCGCAGAAGAAGGUGCUUCGCAUCGUGCGCACCUAUUCUACAGGCGGACAGCAGUACACACGUACAGAACUGGUGCCCUGGUCCCCGGUGGUUGAAAUCUAUCUCAAAAUCAGGCAAACGCGGGACACUGAGUUCAUCCACAACUUCAUCGGUUCUGACGAUCAGUUCAGGGAACAACAACGUAGGGAGAAGCGUCGACUGCAGGAUCAACUUCGCCGUGUACGUAAGCAGCAAGACCUUAUACGCUCCAGAGCUGGUGGUUCGGGUCCCUUGCGCGAUGCCAGCGGCCGCCUCAUUCCUGCAAACAGAGUCGGCAUCUCUUCGCGACGGCGACAUAAGCCAUCGAGUCUAGUGCUGAAAAUGCGCUGCGGAGCCUGUGGACAGACAGGUCACAUGCGUACCAAUAAGGAGUGUCCAAUGUACGGGCGAAGCGAGGGCGGUGCUGGAGACGGUGAAGAGGGUGGUGGUGGCGCCGAUGUCGCUGAUAAUCACCAUCACCACCACCAUCAUGGUGGUGAUGGCCAUCACUCUGAUGACUCAAACAAGAGCGGUGGUGACCAAGACAGCUUCCUCCCAGAACUGGAAGAGAAUGCUACCACAGUGAGUUGA